UCCUUUUUCCUUCAUCGAUCUGCAAUUUCUUAAGCAAGUUUUCUUUUUUUUCUUUCUCUCUUUAGAUCUCCCUUUCCACAAAUUCCUUUUACAACGCCGUCGUUUUUCUAUUUGAUCUUCAGUUUCUUGAAAAAUCAUUGUGUGGAUCCUUCCAUGGCCAGUCACUGAAGCUGUUCGCCGCUGAAUACGACACCGGGUUAGUUGCGGGAGAUUGCCUAUUCAUAACAUAGUCAUAAUAUUGAACACCAUGGGGACUGAAAAUCCUGGUCGUCCGAAUUUCCCCAUGCGACCUUCUGCUACCCCUUUUGCUUCUGCUCCGCCAACUGUGAGACCUUUUUCAUCAUCUGGUCCUGUGGUGGGAUCAGAAAGCAGCAACGUUAGACCUGCUCCACCAGGUGCACCCCCAACUAUGACGCCUUUCUCGUCAGGUGGACCUAGACCACCUGCUCGUUUUAGUGAUCCACCAGUUCCAUCUCCGCCCUUAACAUCUGUUCCACCUUCUGGGGGAUCUUAUCAGCGAUUUGUAACUCCACCGUUUCCUUUAGCUGCUCAAGCACCCCCUGCUCGUGCACCACUUGUGGGGCAGCCACCAUUUCAACCUCCUGGGAGUCAAGUAUCAGUGCCACCACCUUCUUUCCGACCACAGACACAAGUUCCGCCAGUGCCAAUGGGAUCUCCACCACAAAAUGUAAAUUUUCCUCCAUCCAGUGCGAAUGUUCCUCAACCUCCAUCUGAUUCAUCAUUUUCGGGGCCCAGACCCAAUUUUCAGAUGGCUUCCCCCCUUCCAGAUCAUUCUGCGACCAGGUCGAGCUUCCAGCCACCUUUUCCUGGAUAUCCAGGCAAGCAGCCUGCAGUUUCACAAGCACCGUCACCUUUUCCUGCUCAGCAAGGAAGUUUUAUGCCUCCUCCUGCACCGCCUUCUCCUUUUGCUAGUCAGCAAGGAAGUUAUGCUCCUCCUCCACCAGUAGCAGCUAACUUGGGCUACCAAUCAAGGGACCAAAUGCAGCAUCCAGGCUCUGCACCUCCUACUGGCAGCAUCCAAAGCUUGACCGAAGAUUUUAGUUCACUCUCCAUUUCAUCUAUGCCUGGAUCAAUUGAGCCAGGACUUGAUUAUAGAACACUUCCUAGGCCAUUGGAUGGUGAUUUGGAGCCAAAUUCUUUUCUUGAGAUGUAUCCUAUGAAUUGUGAUCCUAGAUACCUACGGCUUACUACAAGUGCUAUACCAAAUUCUCAGUCUUUAGUUUCAAGAUGGCAUUUGCCUCUUGGAGCAGUUGUUUGUCCUCUUGCAGAGGCUCCUGAAGGGGAAGAAGUGCCUGUAAUUAAUUUUGCUUCGACUGGUAUCAUUCGUUGUAGAAGAUGUCGCACAUAUGUGAAUCCCUAUGUCACAUUUACUGAUGCUGGAAGAAAGUGGCGUUGCAACAUCUGUUCUUUACUGAAUGAUGUUCCUGGUGAGUAUUUUGCGAACUUGGAUGCCACUAAUUAUUUCAACCCAUCCCUUACAAGCUUGGGUCCUUUGGUCAAACGGCACCAUUAA